UUUAUAUUUAAAUUAGUUAACUUUAAUAAUACUUGCUAAUGUAUGCUAUAUAAGAAAGUAAAAAAUAAUAAUCAAUAGAAUACCACCAUGCCUGCAAAAGGUAAAGGCCGUGGUAAAGCUGCAACAAACUACCAACUUGCAACGACAAUAGCAAAAGGAACUGAAUUAAAAGAUUUGAGAAAAAAGUUAUGGUAUCUUGGAGAACCAAUUGGUUCUGGAGGAUUUGGACUCAUUUACUUAGCUGAUGAAGACAAAAAAUGUAUUGGAAAAGAUAAAGCAAACUAUGUUAUAAAAGUGGAACCUCACGGCAAUGGUCCUUUGUAUUGUGAGGUAGCAUUUUAUCAGAGAGCUGCUAGGCAAGAGUCCUUGACUACUUGGAAAAACAAAGCACGCCUAUCGUACGUAGGAAUCCCAGCUUAUGUUGCCCACGGAUUACAUGCAAAUGGAAAGGAGAAUCUAAGGUUUAUGGUAAUGCCAAGAUAUGGAUGUGAUCUACACAAUCUUUGGCUUAAAGCUGAUAAAAAGUUUUCUCGUGUUACUGUCUGUCAACUUGCUAUCGAACUGCUGAAUUCGUUGCAAUAUAUGCAUGAAAAUGAAUAUGUACACGCAGAUGUGAAAGGUGCAAAUAUUUUAGUUGGUCAUAAAGAUCAAAAUCAGAUAUAUUUAGUAGAUUUUGGUCUUGCUUUUCGAUAUAUUGUUGAUGGAAAACACAAACCAUAUUUGGAAGAUCCUAGAAAAGCUCAUGAUGGAACCAUUGAAUAUACAAGCAGAGACGCACACAGAGGUGUUGCUCCCUCAAGACGAUCAGAUCUAGAAAUACUUGGAUAUGUUUUACUGCACUGGGUGUCUGGAAAAUUACCUUGGGAAGAUAAUCUGAACAACAAGAACUACGUGAGAGAUGAAAAAAUCAAACAUAUGGAUAAUGUAAAACAAUUUGUUUUAUCAGUCUAUCCAGAGGCAAAAUCAAAGAAAGCUGUUGAAAUCGAAAAGUUUCUUCAAUAUGUUUCAAAGAUGGAUUAUGAAGAUGAACCAGAUUAUUCUGUGUUGAAAAAAUACUUUCAAGAUGCCCUUAAAUCAAUGGGAGUUUCACUCAAAGCAAAAAUAACUUUUGAAAAUGAUGAGACGCCAACACCAGCCAAAAAGAAGCGAACAACACAAUCACGAGCAAAGAGCUCACAGUCGGAAGAAGAUGAUUUACCCAACAAACGUCCUAAACGUACGCCAGCCAAGAGAAAACAAUACACUACGAGCUCAUCAGAGGACGAUGCAAUGAACAUAAAUUCAUCCACUCCUAGCGAACCAUCUCCGAAAGUUGCACCGAAGUCCAGAAAGCUGACUAAAACUUCUACCUCAGCAAGGAAACGUCCACAAAAAAUGAAGAAGCAGACAGCGCAGAAGUUUCCACCCCCAAAAAAGACAAUUAAGAGGAAUUCAAAAAAACAAUUAAAAAAACAGACACAAAAAAUAAUCAAACAUGACGAAAAUAAUUUUACAACUACGCCUUCAGAGAACUCGGAUGAAGAUGUAAAGGUUGUUGAUUCAACUUUUGACACUACCAGCCCAAGACGUAGUCCAAGAAUAAGCAGAAACCCUAAAAAUUCAUUGAUCAAAUCUCCAGCGAAAAUUGCAAGCAGUUCUAAGAGUUCCUCAAUCGCUAAGUCUCGCUAUUCCAUGGCACCAUUGCAUACCAAGAGUGUAUUGGGUAAAGAAGAUACAUUGAGUGGGAAGUACUCUGGGAAACAUCCAGUAAUCAUACGGAGAAGAAAAGUGAAGCGACCCAAGAACGAUGCCACAACCCAAACAACUCCUAAUCUGAAAAAGACUUUGGCCAGAGUUUAAUUUAACGAUGAUGAAAUCAAUCAUUCUUCUACACUGCCUGUCAAUGUUUUUGUUAUUGCUUUCCGUGUUAGGUUGAUUUUAAAUGUAAAUAAAUGAAAUAUAAGAAAUA